CCAAAGUUGUGCCAAGCUUGAUUUUCUUUUCGUCUUUUGUAUUCGGCGCAUAUAGUCUUCCUGGGAAAGUGGGCAACAGAACACUAACAAAAUUAGUGAAUACAGCACAUACUCUCAUAACAUGAUGAGCACUUCCAACGGACAUUUCUAUUCUCAUACAGUACCUGCGGACCUUAAUGGUUCGAUAUGGGAUGCUACUGCAGCAGAUGGUACACAGAACUUCCAUGGAGAACCUGACUUUUCUUUUUCUUUUGGCCACAUUACUCCCAGAGCCAAUGGACAGGACCCAACAGAGGAUGACGUCUCCGGAAAAUGGAUGUCCACAGAGGAAGCCCCGGUCAUCGCAGAGCCCAUGCGAAGGAUCACUUCACAAAGUUCCACUGGCAGCAGCCACAAGAACAGAACAAUCAAGGCAUCUUCGAUGAAGAGCCGCCCAAGGAUACUGUCUACUGUAUCUCAUGGUUCACACAUGUCAGCUUUCGACAUGACAGGUAACGCUCAGGCAGAUGCCUACCUCCUACAUGACUCAGACGCCCACUCUGUCUCAUCACAAAUGUUCUACCCAACGCUUCCCAUGAGCGUCGGCAUGGAUGGGCUACCUUAUGCCCCAGAUAUGCUAGCUUCGGGCUUAGGUCAACAGCAUAUGGACCCAACCCAGAUGCAUUUUGAUGCUAGCUUGACAGGUAACUCUCCCACAGCUUCUUGGAGCGAUUGUUUGAGCCCAAUCGGUGGAUCUCGCACCCCCAGCCCGGCUAUCACAGAGAACCCAUGGAGCAAUGUGCCAGUCGGAUCUUCAUCGCAAGGCAGCGUUGCUUCUCAAGCUAUUGGACUCCAUUCCCCAACUUUGAGCCACCACACUGGAAAUGGCCUAACCGUAGAGGACUUCUAUGGAGCUGACCUUUUGGAGAACGCUAUGAUGCCCCCUGCAUUCACUCGCCGAUCCAGCGGCGACGGAGAGUCGACUGCACGGGACCACCCACUUUACAAGAACGCCGUGCCGAGGGCGGAUGGUCUUUUCCACUGCCCCUGGGAGGGUGAUGCGUCCUGCAACCACAAGCCCGAGAAGCUCAAGUGCAACUAUGACAAGUUUGUCGACUCCCACUUGAAGCCUUACCGCUGCAAGGUCGAUUCUUGCGAGAAUGCCAGAUUCUCCUCCACGGCAUGCCUUCUCCGACAUGAGCGUGAGGCCCACGCAAUGCACGGCCACGGCGACAAGCCAUAUCUGUGCACCUACGAAGGAUGCGACCGUGCUGUUCCUGGAUGUGGAUUCCCACGCAACUGGAAUCUCCGAGACCACAUGAGGCGUGUUCACAACGACGAUGGUACGGCCCUGACCAUGUCCACUGGAUCUCACUCCUCCAGCCGUGGAUCGCAAGCUGUUUCGGCCAAGGGCCGCAAGAGGAAGAGCAAGGACUCUGAGUCUUCCAGUGGCCGCAAGUCGUCCUCCAAGCCUACCGCCGCUGAGGAAGCUGCCGCCGCCGCCGCCAAGGCUGAGGCACCACUCAUGGAGCAGUGGUGGGAGCACCGCAACGCCCUCCAGUCCUAUCUCCAGCGCUUCGACAACCCUGUCGCUUUCGAGGUCUUGGAGCAAUCCGGCGAAGCUGGUGACCACUUCGCUGCCAUGGAGAAGAUCUCGCGCAGACUGAAGAGGUCGCGUGAGCCUCACCGACGUGCUCACCAGAUGCACUACUCUGGCUAAGUGAACGCAAGGAUUUGUUCACACGCUCUCGACAUACCAUGCCUGAUCAGGAGAUCAAGGCACACACAAUCCAGCUUUAUGGCAUAUACAUCGCUCUGAUGAUGGCCGGAGCUGAGGAAACCAAAUGGACCCGACGGGUAUGGUUUGUUUCAGCACAUUGCUGGAACUGGAAACUCCCAAGGCGCUGAUUUUCCAUCCCUCGGGAUGCAAAGUAGGGCUUUACCGGAUGUCUAUCCUGCUGAGGAUACCAUGAGGACUAGAGAAAGAGGACGCCGCAGCCGCGGCUGCAAUUAUGAAGUUGAUCACGAUGCAGUGUGUUUUGUACGGGUC